AUGUCUCUGAGACCGAGCGAAAGGACGGAGGCUCGUCGGAACCGCUACAAGGUCGCCGUGGACGCCGACGAGGGACGGAGGAGGAGGGAGGAUCAAAUGGUGGAGAUCCGAAAGAAUAGGCGUGAGGAGAAUCUGCUCAAGAAGCGUCGAGAAGGAGCUCAGCUUGCUCAACCCUUCUUCGCUCCUGCCCUCGCUAGCAACAUCGAGAAAAAGUUGGAGAGUCUUCCAAACAUGGUAGCUGGAGUAUGCUCCAACGAUAACAAUUUACAGUUGGAAGCCACUACACAGUUCCGUAAACUACUUUCAAUAGAACGGAGCCCUCCUAUCGAGGAAGUUAUACAAUCUGGAGUAGUUCCCCGCUUCGUUGAGUUCCUUAUGAGGGAGGAUUUUCCACAGCUCCAGUUUGAAGCUGCCUGGGCUCUCACCAAUAUUGCAUCUGGGACCUCUGAUAACACUAAGGUGGUGAUUGAUCACGGAGCUGUCCCAAUUUUCGUAAAGCUCCUGGGUUCUCCAAGUGAUGAUGUUCGUGAGCAGGCUGUAUGGGCCUUGGGAAACGUUGCUGGUGACUCUCCUAGGUGUCGUGAUCUUGUCCUCAGCAAUGGGGCUUUGAUUCCAUUGCUGGCUCAGUUGAAUGAGCAUGCCAAGCUCUCAAUGCUGAGAAAUGCUACCUGGACAUUGUCAAACUUCUGCCGUGGCAAACCUCAACCUCCAUUCGAGCAGGUGCGCCCCGCCCUUCCGGCUCUUCAGCGUCUUGUUCAUUCUAAUGACGAGGAAGUACUAACAGAUGCAUGCUGGGCUCUGUCAUAUCUUUCUGACGGUACAAACGAUAAAAUCCAAGCUGUAAUUGAGGCCGGUGUCUGUCCACGGCUUGUGGAGCUACUUGUACAUCCAUCGCCUUCUGUGCUGAUUCCUGCACUUCGCACUGUUGGGAAUAUUGUGACAGGAGAUGAUUUUCAGACUCAGUGUAUAAUUGACCAUGGGGCAUUGCCAUGCUUGCUAAGCCUGUUGACUCAUAAUCAUAAAAAAAGCAUCAAGAAAGAAGCUUGCUGGACCAUCUCCAAUAUAACUGCUGGAAAUAAGGAGCAGAUUCAGGCAGUGAUUGAGGCCCAGUUGAUUUCACCUUUGGUUAAUUUGCUACAAACUGCAGAGUUUGAUAUAAAGAAAGAAGCCGCAUGGGCUGUUUCAAAUGCUACUUCUGGUGGAACCCACGACCAAAUCAAGUUUUUGGUUUCUCAGGGAUGUAUCAAGCCCCUGUGUGAUCUUCUUGUGUGCCCUGAUCCUAGGAUUGUUACUGUCUGUCUAGAGGGGCUCGAAAACAUAUUGAAGGUUGGUGAAGUAGAAAAGAAUCUGGGCAACUCUGGAGACGUCAAUUACUUUGCGCAAUUGAUUGAUGAAGCUGAAGGCUUGGAGAAGAUUGAGAACUUGCAGAGCCAUGAUAACAAUGAAAUAUAUGAAAAAGCAGUGAAGAUUUUGGAGACUUAUUGGCUUGAGGAGGAUGAAAAUUUACCUACUGGGGAUGGAGUCCAGCCCGGGUUCAACUUUGGCGGUAACAAUAUGCAGACUCCACCGGGUGGUUACACUUUCAGUUGA